GGAUGCGGGUGGCGGCCCGGCGGUGCGGGCGGCUGCAGGCGGGUGGCGGGCAGCGGCGCAGCGCCUGACCGCAGGGCUCGGCUCCUCUCCGCUCCCGAGGAUGCUGCGGGGCGAUGCCCGGCGACAGGGAGGACGAGAUUUGCGAGAAAGCGCUGCAGCUCCUGGCAGAGCUGUGCUCCGUCGGGGCGGUGGAGAACGAGAACUGCCGGGAUUUCAUCUACUACCUGCGGGACAGAGCCCGGCCCCGCCUCACCGACUCAGAUAUCUCAAUAAGCUUGCUCUCCUUAGUUGUCACAGCCUGUGGACUUGCUCUGUUUGGUGUCUCUCUGUUCGUAUCUUGGAAGCUUUGUUGGAUCCCUUGGCGAGAGCGUGGUCUGCCAUUUGGGAGCAAAGACAACAAACAAGAAUCGCUGAACUACACAGAUACAGAGACCAAUGACCAUGACUACAGUGAGGAUUAUCUGGGACAGCCUACAGCCUAUCCGGAGUCCUCCAUGAAGAUCAGCCACACCUCCCCUGAUAUUCCAUUAGAUGCUCAGGCAGGAACGAAGGAGAACUGUGUACAGAAUGUGCGAAUGCAUCGUCAGGUCACUGAACCAACCUCUUCUGAUCGGCAUAAUUCAAUCCGAAGACAGCUCAACCUCUCCAACCCCGACUUCAACAUCCAGCAGGUUCAGAAACAGGAGCAGCUGACAGGGAUCGGCCGCAUUAAGCCAGAGCUGUAUAAACAAAGAUCAGUGGACACAGACGAUGGCCGGAGGAGUAACAGCAAGGCAUGUGGAAAACUGAACUUUAUUCUGAAAUAUGAUUGCGAUUUAGAGCAGUUAAUAGUGAAGAUACACAAGGCCAUCAACCUGCCAGCAAAGGACUUCUCUGGAACUUCAGAUCCAUAUGUGAAGAUAUAUCUGCUUCCUGAUAGGAAAACAAAACACCAGACUAAAGUGCACAGAAAGACCCUAAAUCCAGUAUUUGAUGAAGUUUUUUUAUUUACAGUCCCAUACAAUGAUCUGAAUGCAAGGAAGCUCCAUUUCUCAGUGUAUGACUUUGACAGAUUCUCCAGGCAUGACUUGAUUGGCCAAGUGGUAGUGGAUAAUUUUUUAGAUUUGGCAGAUUUUCCCAGGGAAUGUAAUAUUUGGAAGGAUAUCGAAUAUGUCACCAAUGAUAACGUGGAUCUUGGUGACCUGAUGUUUUCACUCUGCUACCUUCCAACAGCUGGUAGACUAACUAUUACAAUAAUAAAGGCAAGAAAUUUAAAAGCAAUGGAUAUCACAGGAGCAUCAGAUCCCUACGUGAAGGUUUCUUUAAUGUGUGAAGGAAGGCGACUAAAGAAAAGAAAAACCUCCACCAAGAGGAAUACCCUUAAUCCUGUUUACAAUGAAGCCAUAGUUUUUGACGUCCCUCCAGAAAACAUUGAUCAAAUUAACUUGUCGAUAGCUGUUAUGGAUUACGACCGUGUAGGUCACAAUGAGGUCAUUGGAGUAUGUCAAGUAGGCAACGAUGCAGAAAGUCUAGGCCGUGACCACUGGAACGAAAUGCUGUCAUAUCCUCGGAAACCCAUUGCUCACUGGCAUCCCCUUGCAGAGGGCCCUAUUCAGCAGAAAUGUUAUGCAGGUCUUCUGCGCUUGGAUGGCUGCCGAAGAGGCUUCCUCACCCUUUUAACCUAUUCAGCAGAAAUUUGGCAUUCCUGUUGAACUCUUUCUUAGCCAUAUCCUCAGGGGCUAUUCCACAGAGUCCAGUGGGGAAUCAAGUGGGGGAGGGUGUCCAGCGCAUCCAGGCUGUGCAGAGAAAUAUAUACACAGCAUAUCAUUUUGGUUCCUGAAUCAGGAUUAGACUCAGCGAGAGCUUCUGGAACUUCUGUGGCCACAGCCAUAGGACCCUGAAUAUUUGCUGAAUAGGACCCUCAGUCUUCUACUGUGUGAAGAGCUAUUGGUUUCAAGUAGCAUAAUGUUAUCCAUUUAUAGCAUUAAUUCUCCAGCUGACAAUAUUGCUACUGAAUAGAUUAUUUGUGUGGUCGUAAGCAUUACCCAAAUUCAAGUCAUAAUUUCUCUUCAUUAGAAUAACCCAGGUUUUACAAGCAGCAUGAUAGCAAUGAAAACCAACAAAUAUGGGAAGCAGAAAUAAAUAUGGUUCUUGGAUUUGCAAAAAAAUGAGAGUGCAGUAUUGUGAAUGGAUAGCUUUCUAAAUAUUUUUUCAAGAAUUACUGAUAUUUAUUUUUUUAUGACAAGUUGUGCUCUCAGUCUCAGUUGGUGCCUCCUUUCACCUUAUAGGAAAGCUAUACAUUAAUAUGAUUCUUUGCAGAAAUCCUUCAAAUCUGAAAAACUGAAAAAAGUUCUGUUGGGUGAGAACAAGAUACAUAUGGUAUUUGUAAUGGCAGUAUGCUCUUUUAGAAAGGAGGUAACCAUCUGUGUAGCAAGGAAGCUGUUAGUCCUUAACCUUUGUGGGUGAUUUUCCAGUCAAUGUUUCUUAAUUGUGUCCAUGACUCUGCAAAAAGUUGGAAACAUAUUGCAGGCGGCUAUGCUCUGUUACACCAACAAGCACACACAUGUGCGUGCAUGUGCACACACACACUGUCAUUUUAAAAUGCUGUUCCAAAUAUAUAGUGCCUGUGAAGACUUUCUCUAUUAUUUGUAGUACAAUUAACAGAGCUAUUUUACUUGAUGGUAUAUUGUAAAUGCCAACAAAUUCUGAACAUUAAAAAAAUAAUCCAAGCACUGAACUCUUUCACAUGAUGAAAUCUGUGUCCUGGAACAAGAGCCCCUGGGAUAAAUUUUUUGCCACUUACUUAGCCAUGUGUGGAGUUCUCUCUUCCUUCAAAUUUUUGUAGAGAGAACUUGAUUGAAGUUUUUACAUGGGAAAUUUUAUUUUAAAAAUGCAGACUCAAGGUGUGAGCAUUUUAUACAAUCUCAGCAUAGUUGCCCGCUACAUACUUAGCAGGUAGGGAGCCCUGAUCUCUACAUGGUUUGGGUAAGUUGAUGUGUACACCCAUUGCUUCAUGUCUUGCAUGAGUUGAAUGGUCACCAAGCAUUUUGGAUUUAAAAUUUUCCCAACAAAAAUAUGCAUGCACUGACUGAGUAAAAUAUUUGAAGUUUUGAUCCAAAUUCUGAAAAAUUAGUUUUAUAACCUAUGAGGAUCUUCAAGAAAAUCAGAGUCUCUGUUCAGUGAGCAUUUAUAGUAGCAUCCAGCAAACCACAAAGGCUUAGAGAUGAGGAAGAAAAUCUAAUUUUUUAUUAAAUUCUCCUAAUUCUUGCUGACUCGUGACUUGCAAAUUGUCACUCAGGUUGUGGCAUUACCACAUGCUUUUUAAAAACAUCUGCCUUUUCAUUGCAGUUCCUAUAUGAAACAAUAGCUAUUUUCUAUAUUUGGGUACUUUACUCUUCACCUUUAUAGUCCAUUUAACCAAGGCUAUUCCCUAGACCCAAAACAUUUUCAUAAUAUGGUUCUGGUGGGACAGUAGAUUGCUACUGUUUUUGGACUGCAGCACAUUGAAAGAACAGAGGAUAUGCUGCUACAAAAUCACCUGGAAAGCCAGAGAAAACUAUGAUCCCAAUACUCUUCAUUCUUUCUUUCCUGAUCUAUGAAUCUCAGAGGUAAAUUAAUAGAAGUCUCACAAGAAUAAUUCCUAAGUUGCAACCUUCAUUUAUUUUCUUAUUUCCUGUAAAUAGAUAAUUAUGCUGUAUGACAAGUAUCAUAAUUCUAACACAGAAAAGAAAAUCCCUUAGAAAUGCAUCUCAAAGAUUUUAAUCCCACUUCACUCGUUAACAACAUGCUAUUAAACUGUUACUUUUAGUUUUCCAGAAGAAACCACCAUGUCAGAUGAAAUGAAUUUUUUUUUAAUGAAAAAACAGCGACACUGACGCCAAUUAUAAUAGGCAAUUGUGUGAUACUCCGAUGCCAAAAUACAGCACAACCCUUCUGCAGUCGAGUGCUCAAAUCAUUCUUUAUCUGUUUCUGCUGAAAUCACAAGACAUUAAAAGCAUUUAUAUUCUCUUUUGUUUAAUUUUUAUCUGUAAAUAAUAAUGGAAGUGGACAAACACACAUGCAUCUCAACAUGGGGAAGCAGGGACGACCAGAACAGAAAGCAAAUAUGUAGCAUAAAAACCCCAGUGCUCAAACUGUUCCUACCAAUCAAUGCAGACCAGCUUAAUAUGCCAGUGGAUCCACAAAGCACCAAAGCAGUACAUGGAAGAACCUUGUUAUAUAGAGGUCAGCUACCAGUAGAGGAACUGCUGGUUCAAUCCAAAGUGAGACAACAGUAGAAGGCAAUGCAAAAGAAUGAAAACAGAGGUCCACCCCUCUUGUCUUGAAGGGAUAGAUACUGGGGAGGGGGAUGUUGGUUGUUUUGGUUCUUUUCUUUUUGUUUGUUUUGGUUUCACUCACAUGUUUUUAAACACCAAACAUGAUAUGUAGCUAUAUUAACAUGAGCCCUGAAAGUCAGAGGGACGAGAGAGAUUUACAUGUUUGUCACUCAGCAACAUCGGAGCACCGAAGGAACCUAUUUGCCAUUAAAAAAAGAAAAAAUAGCUGCAAACUCUCUUAUUGCUUUAAAUGUAAUAAACAGUAAACAGGAAGGGAGAAAGAGGAGUAGAAAUGCAGGUGAAAAAUGUUUGACAAAGUUAGGAAUAUCUGAAAUCACUUUACUGUUAAGGCAUUUUGUUUGAACAGGAAAGUGAAAAAAUCAUGGACUAGGUGACUUGAUCUGAAAUGUAAUCAAAUUAAAUGCUUUCUUCACUUUAGAACAGUGCAUUGUCAAAUGAUUACAUCUCAGCAUCAAGUGAAAAAGCAAUUACUUUCAUGUCUAGAAAGGAAAAAGCAUGUAGAGAAAGUAAUCCAGAGUCCUGCAGAAUUUAAUAGAAGCCCUCUGCGCUGGGAAAAAUGGCAGCAGGACAGACUUCGUAACAGCAUCACCUUGCUGUAAUUGGUGCAAAACCUUGCUUGCAACCCUAAUUCUGUUCUGAAGUGGUAGCCUUACAGUAUGGGAACUGAGCUGUGCAAGGUAUGAAUUAUCUUCGAAGGGCACUGCACAUGGCCGAGUAGUUUCAAAAGCUGCAUUUAGAGUUAAUUUGUAAUACAGUGGGUUGCUCAAGGGACUACAGAUGCAAGAUAUCCAGGGUCCUGCAGUUCUCUGAAAGGAUCUUCAUCUCCUCGAAGGUCUGUAAAGUGCACUAGUCCGGAUGGCAGUGAUGGGCACUGUUCAGGAAAGGUACCAUCAGGACAUACCUCAACUGAUGACUGAACACAGCAGACAUGUCAAAGAGGGGAAGCUGACAUGAGGACUUGUAAGCAUCUGGGGUGUUUGUUUGUUUUGUCUGGGUUUUUUAGUUCCUCCUUUUGCUCAAUGUAGACAUUGUAAAACUGGAAUGUUUUACUGAGUUGCAUGCUGGCCAGCUGUCAUUUUUAAUACCCAUUGCAAAGGUGCGUGAAGAGAGGUGUGUUUUUUUGGUAUACUUUUGUUUUUAAUAACACAUGUACAUUGUAGUAUACUUUAUGAUUUCUUGUCCAAUAAAUAGAACUGCUAUCUCUAUGUUUCAUGUCUAAUUUUGGAGAGUAGAGCCAUACCUGUAUCAGGGCUCUCUCAAUUAGGUGAGCAUUUUAUUCAUUUAGUAGAAAUAAUGCAUGAUUCCUUUUGCAGUGAUGGUUUGAGGGACAAAAGAUUUCUUAAUUUUAUAAUAUGUAUUACAAUCUUCUAAACACAAGUAAAAAUGUACCGUGAUUUAUUUAUAUAAAUCUAGUCUGAACAAAUAAGUUUUGAUCUAAAUAAAAACUCUGUAAGAAAUUG